UAUAAAUAAAAAGUAAUAAUAAUAAACAAUACAAAAAAAUAAAAUAAUCGAUAAGUGAAUUGAGCCAAAAAAAAUGUGUUGAAGGUAGAUUAGAGAAAAAAUAUAGAAUGGCAUCACUGACAGUCAUCAAGUAGUGUAGAGUUGAAAGAUAGGAGAGAUUCGGUCGAUGAGUUGGAUCGCAAGCAAUAAGCUACGAUCAGGCAUUCCGUUAACGAUUGUUGAGGCACACGAAGGUGUUUGGCAGAGCCAUAAAUUAAAAAAAAUGGCUGACAAAUCGGCCAAGCGAUGCCACAAUGGCGUGGUUGAAGACGCUCUCGAUCGGAAAGCAAAGAAGAAGAAUUCCAAGCUCGACACGGCUUUGAAAGAGCUGGCGGCAUCAAACGCAAAGGUUGAGGAAAUGCGAGAGCAAUUGGAAAGAGCUCAGGAAACGAUUAUUUCUCUGCAAUCUACACUACAUACGACGAAGACCAACGCCGAUGAGGUCAAUAGUGUUGAAUUUGGGAGUGACAUUGGUCCUUCGAGUACACAACGCAAUGGAAAUGCUGAGGCCACGAUGGAAGUUUCACGUUUUAUCUCAUCUGUCAACCAAAUCUCCAUUUCGACCGUCAACGUUCCAGAAUGUAAACCGUUGAUAGAAGGCGACGAAAUAGGAAAGUUUGAAUUCGAAACUUGGAAGGACUUAUUACUGGACUCGUUGACACUCGCUGGUAUAACGGAUGAAGCAACCAGAUUCAUAGUCUUCAAAGUUAAGGCGGGGUCAAGGUUGAUGGAAAUAUACAGAAAUACGACGACAGCAACAGGCGCACCAGAUCUUGAGACAUGUCCAUUCACGAAUGCCUUGCACCGGUUGAAGACUUACUUUGGGUCUGGCUCAGACAUCAUGUUACAGCGUCGCAAGCUGGCAUUGAUGGUCCAAAAACCAGACGAACCGGAUUUGACUUUCAUCAUGCGAGUGGGGGCAACAGCAAGGAUGUGUGAGUUCGACACCGAUAAAGAAUUUGAGGAGAUUGUGAGCACCGUAGCGGAACACGCAAGAAAUAAAGAAGUGCGUACUACGGCACUUAAGAUGCUUAGUCGUAAAGGAAAGCUAACAGAUUUGGUUGAUAAGGUCCGCGAAAUUCAAGCUGUCACAAUGAAUGAAGAAUACUACAGACGCAGACAUGAAACCGUAGAACAAGCCACAGUAGCAGCAGUAAACGUUGGUCAACGAAGAAGUAACUAUCAAGAGUACUCUCGAGCAUCGACGAGCCGUGGACGUUUUGGAAAUCAUCCGUAUCGACGAAGAGACGAACAAGCCUCUAGAGGACCUGUAACAUCCGAAUGGAAAAAUGGAAGUAGAGAACGCUGUUUCAGGUGCAACAGUAUGUUCCACAGACCAAAUGAUUGCGCUGCGAUCGAUAAAACUUGUUUGAAGUGCGGACGUAUGGGUCAUUUCAUGCGAGCCUGUAAGACAAUGAUCAGGGCAGGAAGUAAGCGCACAGCUGAAAUCGAAACUACGGAUGUCGAAACAAAACGAAUUUCUAUGGUAACAACAGAGAGAAACGCGAAAGAAGAAGACGGAGUAACAAACGAGGAAGUAGGUGACAUUAAGCACUAACUUAAUCUAUCUUUCAAACGCGAAUGAAUUACUUUAUGAAAA